AUGUCGGUCCAGGCAGUCGUCGACGCCCUCAAGGCCCAGCUGGAGGCUGACAAUGUAACCGACGCCUCCGCCGCGGUCGACGAGGCCGAGGCUUUCCUCCGGGCCAACGAGGUCCUCAACGACGAGAUCAUGGCCAAGCUCGGGCAAGAGAUCGUGGAAGCAGACGCUCCCACUUCUUCGUGUCACCCCUUGAGCUGCUACUCGAAAACCCUGACCGUCGAGCGCGGCCUCAGCGUCGACGACAUCGCCCAGAACACCCUUGAGUACCUCAAGACCAAGGGCGCCGUCCAGAAGCGCGACCGGGAAGAGGCCGCGAACGACACCGCGGUCCCCGACACUGUGACGAUCAUGACUCUUACGCAUCUGAUGAAUUACCUAGGAACCCGUCAAGCCCCAUCCUCAGUCGUGGAAAAUGCUGACCGCUCGCUGAAACAUGCCGCAUGGUUUUCUGUGCUCCGUCAUAAUGCUGAAAGUGCUUAG